GCGUUCCUGUUCCUUCUUCAGCUACCUCGGCUCCGACCUUAUCUUUCUUGCCUGCCCGCCUCUUAUAAAUCCUAGCCACCUCUGCGCGGCGGCGGCGGCAGCAGCAGCUCCUCGUUUCCCGAUCUGCUCCGAUCGGUGAACAAGUGCUGGUAUGCAGAUUAAUCACGGAGAGCACCGCACUUCUUGUAGCCACAUCUAGUCCUACACGAGAAGCAUACGUAGGUGGUACAUAGCUUCUUCCUUCCGGAGCUACGGAUCUUGAGGGGUAACGGCCAUGCCGGAAUCCUGGAAAGCCGCCGAGGAGAAUGCCUCGUCGCCUCUGCCGGUUUCGGCCGGCCCCUCGAGCUCGGGACCGGGCAAUGGGAAGAAGGCGCCGGCGCCGGCGGGCACCAUGUCCCGGGUGCCCUUCCACAGGCUCUUCGCCUUCGCCGACAGGACCGACGCCGUGCUCAUGCUGCUCGGCGCGGUCGGCGCCGUCGCCAACGGCGCCGCCAUGCCGCUCAUGACCGUGCUCUUCGGCAACCUCGUCGACGCCUUCGGCGGCGCGCUCAGCAUCCACGAGGUCGUCAACCGGGUCUCCCUCGUCUCGCUCGAUUUCAUCUACCUCGCCUUCGGCUCCGCCGUAGCCUCCUUCGUCCAGGUGACCUGCUGGAUGAUCACCGGGGAGCGGCAGGCGGCGCGGAUUCGGAACCUCUACCUCAAGACCAUCCUGCGCCAGGAGAUCGCCUUCUUCGACCAGUACACCAGCACCGGCGAGGUCGUGGGGAGGAUGUCCGGCGACACCGUGCUGAUCCAGGACGCCAUGGGCGAAAAGGUUGGAAAGUUCAUUCAGCUCGUGGUCACAUUCUUCGGAGGCUUCAUCGUCGCCUUCGCGCAAGGCUGGCUCCUCACCCUCGUCAUGAUGGCCACCAUCCCCCCGCUCGUCAUGGCAGGGGCGGUCAUGUCCAACGUCGUCGCGAAGAUGGCGUCGCUCGGGCAGGCGGCUUACGCAGAGUCAUCUGUGGUGGUGGAGCAAACAAUCGGAUCAAUCAGAACAGUUGCGUCUUUCACUGGGGAGAAGCGGGCAGUGGAGAGAUACAACAAGUCACUGAAAAGCGCAUACAAGUCAGGCGUCCGGGAGGGCCUCGCCGCCGGGCUUGGCAUGGGCACGGUCAUGGUGCUCCUGUUCUGCGGCUACUCUUUGGGGAUAUGGUACGGUGCCAAGCUCAUCCUGGAGAAGGGCUAUACUGGGGCUAAAGUCAUGAAUGUCAUCUUUGCAGUUCUAACCGGUUCACUAGCUCUAGGUCAGGCAUCACCAAGCAUAAAAGCAUUUGCAGGUGGGCAGGCCGCUGCAUACAAGAUGUUUGAGACUAUCAGCAGGACACCAGAGAUUGAUGCGUACAGCACCUCAGGAAGGAAGCUGGAUGACAUUCGAGGGGAUGUUGAGUUUAGGGAUGUUCAUUUCUCCUAUCCAACAAGGCCUGAUGAGAAAAUAUUCAGAGGUUUCUCCCUCACCAUACCUAGUGGCACAACAGUUGCUUUGGUUGGCCAGAGCGGAAGUGGUAAAUCAACGGUUAUCAGCCUAAUCGAACGGUUUUACGAUCCUGAGGCUGGCGACGUUCUAAUAGAUGGUGUGAAUCUCAAAGAGUUUCAGCUUAGAUGGAUCAGAAGUAAAAUCGGACUUGUCAGCCAGGAACCAGUCCUUUUUGCUGCUAGCAUAAAGGAAAACAUAGCGUAUGGCAAAGACGAUGCUACUGAUCAAGAAAUCAGAGCUGCAUCUGAGCUUGCCAAUGCCUCCAAAUUCAUAGAUAAAAUGCCUCAGGGUUUGGACACUUCAGUUGGUGAGCAUGGGACACAGCUUUCUGGUGGGCAGAAACAAAGAAUUGCCAUUGCAAGAGCAAUUCUGAAAGAUCCAAGAAUCUUACUAUUGGACGAAGCUACAAGUGCUCUGGACGCUGAAUCUGAAAGGAUUGUGCAGGAGGCUCUUGAUAGGAUAAUGACAAACAGGACGACUGUCAUAGUUGCACACCGUUUGAGUACUGUAAGAAAUGCUGAUACUAUCGCUGUCAUUCAUCAAGGUUCACUUGUCGAAAAGGGUCCACACCAUGAGCUUCUAAAGGAUCCGUUGGGAGCUUAUAGCCAGUUGAUACGGCUACAGGAAUCAAGCCGUCAGGAUAAGACAGAUCGAAAAGGAGAUACUGGAGUUCGAUCAGGCAAACAAGUGUCAUCAAAUCAGUCAGCUAGCCAGAGGUCAUCUCAUGACAACAGCAGCCAUCAUUCAUUUAACGUGCCAUUUGGUAUGGCCCUUGGGAUUGAUAUCCAGGACGGCUCAUCUAAGAAAAUAUGUGAUGAAAUGCCACAGGAAAUACCUCUCAGUCGCCUCGCAUCUCUGAACAAGCCAGAGAUCCCAGUGCUCAUACUAGGUUCCAUUGCCUCAGUUAUUAGUGGAGUCAUCUUCCCAAUCUUUGCGAUCCUCCUGUCAAAUGUAAUCAAAGCAUUCUAUGAGCCCCCGCAUCAGCUAAGAAAGGAUUCAGAGUUUUGGUCAUCCAUGUUCUUGGUGUUUGGUGCAGUGUACUUCUUGUCACUUCCUGUUAGUUCAUACCUUUUUUCUAUAGCUGGGUGCAGAUUGAUCCGAAGGAUCAGACUGAUGACUUUUGAGAAGGUGGUUAAUAUGGAGAUUGAAUGGUUUGAUCACACCGAGAAUUCAAGUGGAGCAAUUGGUGCAAGGCUAUCAGCUGAUGCAGCAAAAGUCAGGGGACUUGUGGGUGAUGCACUUCAGUUGGUUGUGCAAAACUUGACAACCUUGGUUGCUGGUUUAGUCAUUGCCUUUGUAUCAAACUGGGAGUUAUCUCUCAUCAUCUUAGCUUUAAUACCACUAAUUGGCCUAAACGGAUGGAUCCAGAUGAAGUUCAUUCAGGGUUUCAGCGCAGAUGCAAAGAUGAUGUAUGAAGAUGCAAGCCAAGUGGCAAAUGAUGCAGUGAGCAGUAUAAGAACAGUAGCCUCAUUCUCCGCUGAAGAAAAAGUGAUGGAAUUGUACAAGAAAAAAUGUGAGGCCCCACUAAGAACAGGAAUCAGAACAGGGAUUAUUAGUGGAAUCGGUUUUGGCGUUUCCUUUUUCUUGCUCUUUGGUGUAUAUGCAGCUAGCUUUUACGCUGGCGCUCGGAUGGUCGAAGAUGGGAAGACAACUUUUCCUAAAGUUUUCAGGGUUUUUCUUGCUCUUGCUAUGGCUGCAAUUGGUGUGUCGCAAUCAAGCACACUUACAUCAGACUCCUCCAAAGCAAAAUCAGCUGUAUCUUCUAUAUUUGCAAUCGUGGACCGUAAGUCUAGGAUAGAUGCAAGUGAGGAUUCAGGGGUGACUGUUGAGGCACUACGGGGCAAUAUCGAGUUCCAGCAUAUUAGCUUCAGAUAUCCUACCAGGCCAGAUGUUGAGAUAUUCCGGGACCUAUGCUUAACAAUUCAUUCUGGAAAAACUGUUGCGCUCGUUGGAGAGAGUGGUAGUGGCAAAUCAACAGCCAUUGCACUGCUUCAGAGAUUUUAUGAUCCUGAUGUAGGCCACAUACUCCUAGAUGGUGUGGACAUACAGAAGUUUCAGCUAAGGUGGCUUAGGCAACAAAUGGGGCUGGUGAGUCAAGAACCAGCUCUGUUCAACGAAACAAUACGCGCAAACAUUGCUUAUGGGAAGGAUGGCCAAGCAACAGAGUCGGAGAUCAUAUCUGCUGCAGAAUUGGCGAAUGCUCACAGGUUCAUUAGUUCAUCACUCCAGGGGUAUGACACAAUGGUAGGAGAGCGUGGAGCUCAAUUGUCUGGAGGGCAAAAGCAGCGUGUUGCAAUUGCUCGUGCCAUUGUGAAGGACCCUAAGAUCCUUCUUCUGGAUGAAGCAACCAGUGCGCUGGAUGCUGAAUCUGAACGGGUUGUUCAGGAUGCGCUGGACAGAGUGAUGGUGAACCGGACAACAGUAAUUGUGGCACACCGUUUGUCUACAAUACAAAAUGCAGACUUAAUCGCGGUUGUGAAGAAUGGUGUGAUCAUCGAGAAGGGAAAGCACGAUACCUUGAUCAACAUCAAGGAUGGCGCAUACGCGUCACUCGUCGCCCUUCAUUCAGCAGCCUCCUCGUAGCGAGUAGUAUGGUUCCUGGCAACGUAUGCUGAAGUUUGUUCCUCUUUUGAUAACACAUAUAACUGCUUAUAUGUAAGCGGGGGAGAUUAAACAAAUAGCAAGGACCAGAUGUAAAUGCAACAAGUUGGUCCUUAGCAUAUAUGUUUAAUUCACAUAUAUAUGAGUAGCAUGGAACAUAAAAACUAAAUAGAUGAUGAUUAUGAUGAAUUUUAUCAUCCUUUUCA